UCUUGUUUUUUCACUCUAUAUUAAUUCCUCCCCCUUCCUCGGUCAGACUUUGGGUGCUUCUCUUUCACGGCGGAAUAUUCCGGUUAGAGCUAAAAUGGCGGCGUCCGAAGGCUCCAUUAACGGAAGCAAUAGGAUGCUGGUGUUCGUUCCACCACAUCCUUUGAUCAAACACUGGAUCUCUGUCCUGAGAAACGACCAAACUCCUUGUCCUAUUUUCAGGAAUGCAAUAGGGGAACUAGGGAGACUGUUGAUGUAUGAAGCAUCUCGAGAGUGGCUGCCAACUGUUGUUGGAGAAAUCAUGUCUCCGAUGGGUGCUGCUUCUGUUGAGUUCAUUGAUCCUAGAGAGCCUAUAGCGGUUGUUCCGAUUUUAAGAGCUGGCCUUGCUCUUGCGGAACAUGCAUCAACAGUUUUGCCUGCAAAUAAAAUAUAUCAUUUAGGAAUAAGUCGGGACGAGAAAACGCUCUUGCCUUCUGUGUAUCUUAACAAGCUGCCUGAUGAAUUUCCCAAGAAUUCCAGAGUAUUCUUGGUGGACCCAAUGCUUGCUACAGGCGGUACGAUAAUUGCGGCGAUGGAUAUGUUGAAGGAACGUGGUUUGUCUGUUCAGCAAAUCAAAGUGAUUUGUGCUGUUGCUGCACCUCCUGCACUAUCGAAGCUUAAUGAGAAGUACCCCGGGCUUCAUGUGUAUGCUGGAAUCAUCGAUCCUGAAGUCAAUGAAAAGGGGUUUAUCAUCCCUGGACUUGGAGAUGCUGGAGACCGCAGUUUCGGCACAUAAAAACAAGUUUUGGUUAAGAUUUUGAUGAAGUGAUUCUUGUGUUUGUCUUAGAGGUCUUUGAGAAGAGGAUCAACAUGGAGAAUUAUGAGUUCCUCAUUGUAACGAAACAAAGAAGAGACUUUGUACACACCAGUUUUGCUUCGUCGAGAUUUGUAUGUAAUAGUUAUCAUUGGUUGUCGCUUGCUAGUGAAACAACUUCUUCUGUCUACAAAACUAAAUUUUGAAAAAUAUUGUUUAAAAUCUGAAAUAUUCGCCAAGGGGAAUCAAGCAUUAUAUAAUUUU